AUGUAUUUCAAAAUGACUAUGGCUCAAGGAAGGAAGAAACAGAAGCUUGCCAAAGAGAGAGCCGGGCUUUCCAAGCUGCCUGAUCUGAAAGAUGCUGAAGCAGUUCAGAAGUUUUUUCUUGAGGAGAUUCAGCUUGGAGAGGAGCUACUAGCUCAAGGUGAAUAUGAGAAAGGCGUUGAUCAUUUGACCAAUGCUAUUGCUGUGUGUGGACAGCCGCAGCAGCUAUUGCAAGUUCUACAGCAGACUCUUCCUCCGCCAGUGUUUCAAAUGCUUCUAACUAAGCUCCCUACAAUAAGCCAGAGAAUUGUAAGUGCACAGUGCUUGGCUGAAGAUGAUGUUGAAUGAGGUCACACCACAACAGGGGGAAAAAGUGUUUUCUUACCCCAGAAGAUGAGCAUCAGUAGGGGGGAUAAAGGGGCAAACAUAGUAGUUAAUGGACUGUGUACCACACUGGGUUCUACCAGAGUUAAAAUUAACUUUGUGUAGGUGGGUUUCGCAGGAUUUUAUUUAUUAUCCCAGUGAAAAGUGUAUUUUGAUAAGAAUUCAUUUUAUAAAUACACUGUAUUGAGUUAUCAAAGUAUCACUAACUUCAUUAUUAUUAAAAUAUGCAGUUGUAAUGUUGUAUAUAUGAAGACAUAAAACUACGACCUAUUAAAAACCCAAUGCUCGUUUUUGAAAAAACAAAGUUAUGGCAAUAAAGAUUUAUCCGCACUUGUGUGUUCCUAUAGUACUACUUUAAAUUUCAAAACCUUUGGGUGUCAGAGCAAACAAUCUAAAAUUGAGAUAGCGUUAAAAUUUAUCUUUAAUGUUAUGGCUGGUCUUCCAGUGCUUUUAAUAAUUAAAUUUAAAACCUUGUGUAAUUUCCUGACAGAAAUAGAGAUGUGAUCAUUUAAACAGUAGCUGUUCACUUUAAAUAGAGAUGCAAAAACAGAAUGCUGAUAGGUGACUGGCUGCAGAGAGAAUGACAAAUCUAUUUCUGUCAGGACCAGAAACAGCUGUAGUGAUGCAAUUCAAAACCACAUCUCUCAAACAUGAAAGCUCUAUUAAUGCAGAUGUUUCCGAAAUAAAGGUAUUUGGAAUAGAACCUUGGACAGAUUUUAAAGGUACAGAAGUUUUCCAUGAAGCUUGAAAUCUUUUGUAAGGCAGGCAGAUAACACUUUGGUCCCUAGUCUUCGAAGCCAUAGAAAAUAGUUGUUAACAAUUUUGGCAUUUGCCUUAAAAAAAUCUCUGUGCUGAGGCAAGUAACAAAGGUAAGAUGACGAUAUCCCCAGGCUAAGCUUGCUAAAGAUAAUAGAUUUAGAAAGGUGUCAUAAAAUUUCAGUAUAGCGUGAUAUUGUAAACUUGAACCUACCUAAGUUUUCCUUUGUCAGUGAAAAGGAGGCAAGUAACAUACUGAGUCCUAUUUUUUGUGGAAGAAGCAUUCUUUUGAAAGCAAAUUUUCCUAAAUUUCUGAACUUAAAGCGGACUGGCUUCUACUGUUUUCUGGUUUUGUGCUGUUGCCAUAGAUGUGGCAGAGGAAGCAAUUAAAAAUUCAGCUUUAUGUUUUUGGCAUGGUCACUUGCAUUGACUUCAGGAGAAGAAAGGAAGAGAAUGCUUCAAGAUGUCUGUCUCUCAGACAAGGGGAUAUUUUGUGCUAAUGAUGCCAAUACGUUGUUAAUAAGGUACUAUAUGGCCUUCCUAGUCCAAACAGAAGUGAGAUACUCUGAGAGAACAUUAGCCUACAUUCCCAUUUCAGCGGCCUAGUAAAGCCUUCUACAAAGGCAGAUUCUUUCAAACUGUAGGUAUCAAUGUAUCAGAAAUUGCCUUGCACAGAACGAGAUGUGAAGUGGAUAGUUUGUGGUCACCUAGCAAUCAAAUACUUGAAUUUGGGAGUACAAGUGGCUCUUACUGAGUCAAUCUGUUUAGACCGUUGGAUUUGCCAUGGAGUGGUUAUUUCCCCCUUAACCUCUUAAAGAUGCAAAUUUCCCAAGAUUUGAGGUGCUGUUGCAUCUUUAUGUAAUGGGACAAAUACGGAAGUUAAUGGUUGGUAUGAACAAAAAUUUCUUGAAGAGCUGGCUGUAGUUUAGUGUUUGCCUUGCUCAGGUAGCGUAGGGCAAAAGUUAAAUUCAGUAGCCAUAAUUUUCGUGUGGCAAUGGCUGGUUUGCUCUUUUCCUUUUAACUUACUUUAGAAAGACAAAGCUAUUCUGCACCUAGAAUAUUGAGUUAAAAUUACUUUGAAGUUGCAGAAGGCUGUUAUGUUUAGGGGGUGCAGUUGGGUCUAUUUGCAGGAGUUUGCCUUUUACUUUUUAGUCUUGAGGGUUCAUUUGGAAGAAUUUCACAGAUUAUGCUGAUAAAAUUGCCCCUAUAUUCACCUGCUGUCCUUUGUGUUAUUCAUUUUAGUAUAAUAUCUCUUUAGCUCAACUUUAAACCCAUUUUUAAGCAUAAGGUAAAUGAAACCUGCUUUCUCCCUCUGUGCCUUUAAAAAAAAAAAAAAAAACCCAAAACAACAAAAGACAAAAAUAGCACCCUUCUAUUAUACUGGAGUUUGUAAGAUUUCCUUGGUAUAAUGAUGCUGAUUUGAAUUCACAUUUGAGCUUACAGCGAAGGUUCCCCUGAACUAAAUAUUUUUUGGAAACCAAAAUUCUUCAAUUCUUCUUCUUAUUCAAUUCUUCUGAUUUUGUUGGAGGACUCGGUGAUAGUCUGAUUAUGUCUACAAAUGUCUUUUGCUUUAAUUAACCUCAUAGACACCUGUGUUAGUCUAAACUUAAGUUACUUUUCUUGAUCUUAUAAAGUUAGAUGCAAAUGAAUUUUUAGAUAGCAUAGGCUUAAAUGAAACCUUAAAAAGUGCAAAUGCAUUCUUAUAUUUGAUAAUUCUUUUAAAUAGUACCUAGUUAGUAUGCUAGUGAUACCUGAUGCCUGUUUUAGCUUCAGCUAAUAGGGUGGGAAUCUUGAAUCCUUUUAAGAAGGUUUAGAAUUUUUUUCCAAAAUCUCCUGAUGAAGUUAAUACUUUACAAACCUGAAUCUUGAAGAUGCUGUUUAGAAUGGGAAUUUGCUGCUGCUCCGACAAUGGCAGCCUGCUACCAGUGUAGCUAGCGUGCGCAGCCCAUAGAUGUACGAAGCCAUAAUUUAGAACUAAUUUCAGACGUAAGCAACGUGCAGGUGAUCAGAAGUGCAGUGAUAAUGAUAGAUGCUGUUCCAUCAAUAGGCCUUAGCUUUAAUACCGUAUUUUUACUUGUGCAGAUUAAAAAAUGGUGAAAGUGAGCUAUACCCAGUUGUGGAUUUAGCUGCUCAUGAGCUCACAGCUACUGGUCAGUUAUAUCUGUAAUCUUACUUUACUGCAGGUAAAACUGCUCUUCCUUUCCCCCAGAAAGAGCCAUUCUGCAUUUUCUGCCGCUGCAUACCCCUUCCAAGAACGAGGCUCUUGUUUUCAGUGUGUAUGACCACUAAGAGGAUUUCACAUAAAGGAAAUCAUGUUUGGAAGUCUCCUGUCGUCAGUUUUGAGCUUCUCAGGCAGCUUUUAUAAUUAAGCAACAGGUAAUUUCGUGAUCAUGCAGGACUACCUUUGUUUAAUUUCUCACCACUAUGCUUUCUAGAUAAAGGGGUCUAAUCCAAAACGAGAGGGUGGUCAGGCACUUACUGAAUUGUCUGGCAUUAAUUUCCUUACCCUAGGGAAUGACGGAAUAUUAUUUUUGCCCUUAACUUGAAACGUGGAGGAGUCCCAGCCCACCUGUGUAGGAGGUGAGCCAUCAUCAAAGCGUAACUCAAGCAGUUUAUACACCCAGAGGAAUCUAAAGUUUGAUGUGUGCAUAUGUUUGUGGCAUAUUUAAAGGCCCUUAGGCUGAGGAGUGACCUUAUGUGACCAUUGUGUUAAAAGUAAUAGGAGUUAAACUUCAAGUGAAUCUUUGGAGUGGUCACUAAGUGCUUUCAGUGAGUGUUUGUUUAAAGGCGUUAGUGUCCUAUGCACCCAGCCUGCUGAAUGUGUGUUUUGUUUUGUUUUGUUUUUUUAAGAUGCAACUAUAAAAAGGGCUGAUGUGAAGAAGAUCAAUUCCUCAAGGCUUUUGUUGUACCCAAAUCUUGCUUUGAUUUUAAGAUUGUGUGUUUACACUGACCAGUAUGGUCUCCUUAACACAGCGAACAAAGAAGUCUAUGCACACAGCAGUCAGAUCUGACCAGAAGUCUUUCAUGCAGAGGGCUAAAACUUGUACUUAAUUCAUAAGGACUGGGCUGGCUUUCAUCAUAGGCACCGAGGAACUUCUGUUCUCUGAAGGCAGAAUUUGCUGUGUCCCAACUGUGUAAAUGUGAGUGAAGUCAGAAAACAGCUGCCUCUGGAGUGAUAUUGCUGUACCAAACUGGAACUAGAUGAUGGUUAUUUUUUUUCAAAGUCCGUUGGUUUCCAUCUGUGCUUAAGAAGAAAAUCAGGUUUCUCACUUCCUUCCCUGCAGUAGGGGCUUAACUUUGUUAUAGAGCUUAUAGGUGCCAUUUUUAUAGAACUGUAUACUGGACAUCUUUCAGUAAGGUCACUACCUGCUGCAGCAUAAUCGUCAUGAAAUCUAGAAGCCCUCUGCUCUAUGAGCUUUUGACUUGAGGUGUAUAGUUCCAAUUCCUGUUGUGUAAAGGUUUGGCGUUGAUAAUGGGUUGACAGAUGCACGUCCUCUUGCAGCCCUCACUCACAAAUACCUCGUUUCCCUUACAACCUGAGGAUAUUCUUGGCUGUUUAUCUUUGGGGGGAUAGGACAUCUGUUAGUGUUCACCCACUAUGUGGUAGCUGCUGAAUGGAGGAACGUUGUUAGGGCUAGUACAGCGUUGUUAGAGCCUGUAAAUCUAUCCAGAUGUUCCAUGCUGCAAAGACAGUUAUGAGUAGUUUUCAAGUGUGACAUUUCUACUGUUUGUGGAGGCAGAAGACAGCUGAAGUCAAGUAGUUCUUCCUCUUUCCACAACUUGAGUCUUGCAACUGUGAAAAAUGGAUUUGGUCACCCAUCAAGUAUCAUUUGAUUGAGCAGGUUUUAGUCUAAACAGCAGAGGGCAGUUUUGCACAUAUGUUCUGUGCAAGCUCAUCCUGCCAAAUUCUAAAUUUUAGAGAGUCUUGUCUAGUGGGGAGAUGCAAUGCAGCAUUUUGUGCAGACAGAUUUGGUACAAUUCAUGAGACAGGCUAGA